UGAGGAACCAUGCGGCGGGCAUGGAUUUUGUGAAGAACAACUGGUUUCCUUCCCAGAGAAGAGCCAAAGUGUGUCUCUUCCACGUGUGCCCAGGCCUGCCGGGUUCCCAACAGGCAGCCAGCAGAUAUGAGAUCCACAGUCGGCUUUUAUCAUCCCCCAAAGAUCCCUCUGCCUGGGAGAAAAAUGAAAGUCUUUUGAAUGCAGGAUUCCCAGAGCGCCACUACAGUGCAAGAGAUCAAUUUGCCCUUCAAAGCCUCCCGCCUGAUGUUGCAGAGAGGAGCUCUGACUUCGCCAAGGAGAGGCUUGCUUCCCAGCCCCCGAGGAUGCUGUCGUCCCUCGUCAUCGCGCGGCUGAUGGACGAGAACCGAUCCCAGGAGGACGGGCCGCCCCUGGUCCUGCCGCUACCGCGCGCGCUGGCGAGGCCGGCCUCCGCCCACCGCAGGGCCCUCGCCCCGUUUCCCGACAGACUGGGCAUCCCGGCGCCCUCCGAGGAUGGGGGGCCCCGGCCCCCGAGCCCGGGCGGCCCUCGCCGAGGCUUCGCAUCCAUCACCGUCACGGCCCGGCGCGUGCGCCCCGCGGCCAGCGCCCCGGCAGCCUGGGGCGCAGGGCCCGACUCGCUGUGCCCCAAAUGCCGGUGCUCCCCGGGCCUGGCGGGCGGCUCCCACCCGCGACAGCAGCGUGGGCCUCUCACCUGUGCAGAGAUCCCCCCGCGACACGGCCCCGUGGGGAGGCAGAGGAGCCCGCAGGCCCGCACCAGGCCGUGCGGUGCGCCCCGCGAGCGCGCGGUGGGCGCCCACGGGGAGGACGCAGGGGGCGGCUUGGGGGCGGACAGCUCCCCACCGGGCCGGGACGCGCUGGUGUUCAGCUCCUGCGUCCACCUCCGGGUGUCCCGGCCGUGCCCCAAGGCCGGCUGCGCCCUGGGCAAGGCCCUGUGGGUCCCCGUGCAGCCAGCCGCCCCGGCCGCCGGCCCCCAGACGCACCGGUCCGUGCUGUCGCUCAGCCUCAACUGUAGUUCCCACCGGCCGACAGCAGAUGGAGGCGACGGCACAGCGAACGCAGAGCCAAUGGGCAGCCUGGAGCCCGGGCUCGGCCGGCCACCCCUGGCCCUCCCCGGCCCGGCCUGGGGCCCGGCGCCCCCCGACAGCCAGCCCCAGGAACAGCCGGCCGUGGAGCGGGUCUUCCUGGGGACCGGCCCCUGUCCUUGGAGUGGCUCUCCCCCCCUGGGAGACAGGGAGUGGACAGACGCGGGAACCCAGCAGCUGGCGGUGAAAAAGAGGAAGGAAGACCCCGCGGCCUCGCGCACGGGCUGUCCCGGCAACCAGCUGUCCAUUCACAUUCCGGGCUGGAGCUUCAGGGCAGUAGAAACAAAAGUAUUUUCUGGAAGCAGCAAAGCACAGCAAGGACAAUCCCAUGGGACACUGUCAGCUCCCUCGGUGCAACAAAAGCCCUGUAAGCAGUCUCCUCCCGAUGGGGACAGUUCACCAAGCGAGGAUGGUCAGUCUAGCGACCUUGCUGAGCCCACCGAGAGACGGCGUCCAAGAUUCCUGACACCCAAAGUCCCUUGGUCUGGGUUUCUUUGUCCCUUCCAAGAGUUGUACACCUCUCUACAGGAAGACAGUGUUCAGAUAGGAAGAGAUUUCCCCAAAGGAGAUUAUACAUGUUGUGACUUAGUGGUAAGGAUAAAGGAUUGUGAGGAUCCUAGCACACCCAAACCCUCGCCUGCGCCCCCAUUGCCCCAGACUUCUGACCUAUUGGAAGAUGGUUCUGAGCCCCAACAAACAACCACAGGCUCCAUGACCUUGCAGGAAGCGCUGGAGGUCCACAAACCGCAGUUCAUCUCUCGCUCACAAGAACGGCUCAAGAAGCUCGAACACAUGGUCCAGCAGAGGAAAGCCCAGCAGAAGGAGAAGCUGGGGCAGAAACAGAGCCCGUCUCCCCUCCGCACCAGCAAGAAGCAGUUCACCAUUCCUCAUCCACUCAGUGAUAACUUGUUCAAACCCAAAGAAAGGUGCAUUUCAGAGAAGGAGAUGCAUAUGCGCUCAAGGAGAAUCUAUAAUAACUUGCCGGAAGUGAAAAAGAAGAAAGAAGAACAGAAGAAAAGGGUGAUCUUACAGAGUAACAGACUCCGAGCUGAAGUCUUCAAAAAGCAAUUACUGGACCAGCUCCUUCAAAGGAAUGCGGUGUGACCCCAGCAUGCCCCGCUACCCACGAGCCCAACCCGAGGAGACGUCCAGACGCUGGAUAAGCCAUUAAACUUAGCGUGGUCUUCACGACACCACAACUUUUCUUUUUCUUUUUUUCUACAGGAAGCAUCCCUUCCUGAGUGACCCAAACAAACAGAAACAAUAAUUGACCAGGAAAUAGGUCAAUCUGUUGCAGGGAAAUCAACACCAAAUAACCCACUAGGCUUCCUUCCCCUCAUUGGUUGACUUUUGGAUUUUCCCCUGUGUUUCCCAUCUUUCACCUCAGCAGAAAGCCACUUAGUGCGCUUAGCUUCUGGAGAAGGGGGAAGGGGUGUUCUCUUGUCAUAUGUUUGAUCCAAUGUCCU